AUGCUAAAUAAAGCUCUACGCAUGCAAGAUUUCGAUGUGCUCUUUAGUUUUCGUUGGUUUAUUGCUGAUAUGCAUCGGCAAAUGAGUCAGUAUCAAUGUCAGUGUCCACUUCGUGUGUAUCGUGGUCAGUUAAUGACGAACACGGAAGUGGAACGUCUUAAACGAUCUAUUGGUAAAUUGAUCUCAUUUAGUUCGUUUCUCUCGGCUAGUCUUCUUGAACAACAAGCUGUAUUCUAUCAGAAUAAUGUCAUGACUUCGAGUGGGUUUCAGCGUGUACUUUUCGAAAUCGAUGCUGAUCCCCAAGUCGUCAUCAAUAAGCCGUUUGCAGAUCUCAGUUCACACAGCGAUUUUGCUGGCGAAUGUGAAGUUCUUUUCAUGCUCGGCUGCGUUUUUCGUAUCAAUAAUGUCAGUCAUCGUGGUGUUGGACAUGGAUGGUCUAUUCAUAUGACAUUGUUCGACGAUAGCGAUCAUCAUCUGAGCGGAAUGAUUGAAGAGAUUCAGGCUAUAAACGAAAACUCUCCAGCGAACAUUUCGUCAUUCGGAAUUCUUCUAUGGAAAAUGGGUAAAUAUGAUCUUGCUGAAAAAUAUCUUCGUCGUAGCAUUGAGGAAUCUUCUUCGAAUGAUCCAGAGCUUGGAUCAACAUACUUGAAUCUUGGUUUGGUUUAUAGUGAGAAAGGUAAUCAUUCUGAGAGCCUUCACUGGUAUAAUGAAGCGUUGUUGGCUUACAUGCAAAUUAAAAAGCCAAAUCAUGUUGCCAUCGGCAACUUAUACAACAAUAUUGGCGAGGCGUAUCGGCAAAGAGGCGACUGUGUUGAAGCAAUGGAUUCAUACAAUACAGCGUUAUCCAUUUUCGAGGAGGCGCACGAUGAGCAUCAUUCAACCAUGGGACUCAUUUACAAUAACAUUGGUAUUAUUCAUCACAAUCAAGGAAACUAUUUAGAGGCACUUGAUUUCUAUGAACGAGCACGUGCCAUUUACCAAGAACGCUUACACGCAUAUCAUAGUAACAUUGCUCUCGCUUACAAUAACAUCGGUGCGGUUCAUUUCAAUCUCGGUAAUGUGGAUAUUGCAUUAGAAUAUUAUGAACGGGCCGUAUCAGUUUAUUCAAAGUCGCUGCCGCCUUCUCAUCCUGCUCUAGCUCUCACGUAUCAUAAUAUUGGUCGUGUAUACGAGAUGAAGAGAGAGUUUUCACAAGCCUGGCAAUAUUAUCAAAAGGCUUUGGAAAUUCGACAACAUGCGCUGCCACCUCAACACCCAGAACUCAAAGAAGCCGAACAAAGUGUUCGGAAUAUCGCAGUCAAACUUUAA